UGUCCAAUCGCUAUCCAGUAUUUACGUUCAGGUUCAGUACUCAGUAGUAUUAUGGUGUUUGUUGUGACACAGUUUGAGUCUAACCUUUUAAUUCGUCGUCCAUGAAAUAUAACAAGAAAGUCACAGAUAACUUUUGUGAGUCUAGUUAGAGCUGCGAUCUUAACUGCGAAUAUAUAUUCCUAAGUUUUGCACAAAAGUGAGACAGCAUGGGUUGUGAUGGUGGAACCAUACCAAAGAGAGAUGAAUUAGUGAGAACUAAGAAGAAGCCUGAACAAAAGGAUAAGGAUUCAGAAUUGUCCUACCGUUGGCGACACUGCAAUAUUACUCAACAACCGUUACAGAAACCUAUUGUUGCCUGCCAUCUCGGUCGUUUGUACAGCAAGAUCUCUGUCAUUGAAGCUUUGCUGGAUCGAUCACAACUACCGGAAACCGCUCGUCAUAUAAGAAAUCUGAAGGAUAUCAAGGAGCUAAACCUGACACCUAAUCCAGCAUUCCAGGAGAGUGCAGAGAAAGGAGAUGGCUAUGUGGAUAGACAGAGUGCACCGUACAUUUGUCCAGUCAUUGGCCUGGAGAUGAAUGGUAAAUUCAAAUUCUCAUUCAUCUGGGGCUGUGGCUGUGUUAUGUCUGAGAGAGCUUUGAAAGAAAUCAAGACAAAAGUCUGCCACAAGUGUCAGAAACCAUUCACUGAGGAAGAUGUCAUUAUACUAAAUGCUCUUGAUGAAGACCUAAAUUUAAUGCAAACCCGUAUGGAAGCGAGACAAGCCAGACUCAAAUUAGAGAAGAAGAUGAAAAAAACUGCUAUCAAGCAAGAAGUAGUAGAAGACAACAUGGCUGUGAAAGCUGAAGAAACAAGAAAUGUUACCUUAAAGACGGAACCUCUUGAAAAACCAACAGUUUCCAAGCUAGCAACAAAAACUCAGAAAGCUGACAAGCGACCCUCUGACUCCAAGAUACAGAACCCUGACUUUAAGAAAGCCAAAGGCAGCUAUAGUGUUGCCAAGGACCCUCAAGCCUCUGAAGUCUUCAAGUCUCUGUUCACUACAAGCCAGAAGGCUCAAGACCAAACGAGAGCUCACUGGAUCACAUAUAAUCCGUUUUACAAUUAAUUGCUUUAUUUUCUCAGUUGUUUUCAACUUUGAAUAUAUUAUUGUUGUAUAAUAGAUUAAUGUUUUAUAUUGCAAGUAUAUUCCAGUAACGAUCCUAUUAAAUCGAUGUUAUACAA